AUGGAGAGUAACGACAGUCUCGACAAGAGAGGAGAGUUCCUCUUCCAGCGGCAGGGCUCUCUCGGAUUCUCUUCUUCCCAAGACAUACCAGCACACAUGUACAAAAUCAACAUGAUGUUCAUGCGCCGACCUGAAGGCGACGGGAUGGAUUCCAAUGUCGAAUUCUUCCUCGACGUGGCGCCUAAUCAAAAUCUCGUUACAGUCCAUCAAGGAAGCGUGGUUCUUGAUAAUAAUUACGCCAUCACAAUGGAAAGAGAAAAUCCAGCUCACUCUCACGUAAACAAAUUGAAGGACUGA